CUGGCUGACAGAGUGUGUGUGUGUGUGUGAGUGAGUGCUGGCAGCUCAUUGUUACCCCGGGCAUGGCAUCGACUGUUGCGGCUGCCUCCUACUUCCGUAGGGCAAGCCUCUUCUGGAUGGCUCUCAUCACCCUGUCCAUGGGCUUCUUCACCUGGACCGUUUUCUUCCCUGAACAAAUCCCUUACGAGAAGCUGGGACCCUUCGGAUCGUUCGUCCAGUACUUGGUGAAGAAUCAUUAUGGCGUCAUGUACCACGGGUUUUGGGUGGCAUGGAUCAUACACCUGCUGGAGGCCCUCUACAGCAUGCGGCUCUGCAGUUCCAAAGGAAUCAAGGAUUCGGGCGCUAGAACCAAAUGGCUCCUCCAGACCUUUCUCUUCGGGGCGGCGUCGCUCCUGUUGCUGAUCGCGUACAAGCCGGCGCCAUCGAAGAAACGCAGAUAAGAGACCACCCCGACGACAGUCCGAUUAACUCUUUCAGAGACAGUCAGCUUUACAGCAUAUCAAUCGACAACAGGAUUUUUUGGGGUUAGAAAACCUCUUUUUUCAUCCCUUUUGGUUAAAAAUCUUUCUCCAGGUGGACUUCUCCGCCCUCCUCUGCACUGUUAUACGUUUGAAUUCAGGGUUAAUAACCGACGAACAAAACUGCAACGCUGUGACCUCAUUUUAGACUGGGACCGGUUUGUCUUAAAAGGGACAGUGCGCGGCCCUGGGGCCGGAGUCCGGUCCCACCGCACAGGUAAUGGUUUUUAAGAAUAAAAUUCAGAACCGAUGA